AUGUCAUAUACCCAAUACUUCAAUCAAGGAAUCGAGACCAAAAAUGUUCACAGAAAAGAAGUCAGAAUACCGUCAGAGUUUGCCAAACGUAAUGAAUUUUUCAUCGACCCUAAAUCACGAAAAUACGAUCAACAAUAUUUUUCAAUGUAUCAGUAUCGCUACAAUAAACUACAGAAACGAGCAUGGACCAAUGCAAUGAAGAAAUGGGGUAAUGGUACUAAGAAAGUCGAUGGCCAAACCAUAACCAAACAAGACAAAAUUUUGGAUAUAGUUGGCGGUAAAUUAUGUUGGGUUAUUGGUACAGUUUUCGUUGAUGCCAAAUACAAGUUGAACAUUUUGAAUGAUGUUGAAAAAGGUACCGACGAUGUGUUACCAUUGGAGCCAGUUUCGUAUUUGUCUGAUAGUGAACAGCCGGUGGUUAUGUUGGAAGAUGAAUCUGGUAGAGCCAUUUUGCAUAAUGAUGAAUUUUUACAACAUAAUUUACUAGUCACUGGGUGUAUUGUUGCCGUGUUGGGGAUUGAAAUCCAAGCCGGUAUAUUUGAGAUUAUGGAUGUGGCUUAUCCCGAGUGUGCUCCACAGAAGCCACUUCUGAAUGGUGAAACAAGAUCAGGUAAAGUUGCAUUGGUGUCUGGUUUGGAUAUUGGGCUUGAGGGUCAUUACGAUUUGAAACUUGAGUUACUCAAACAAUACCUUCUUGGCGAGCUCGGUAGUGAUGAUGAAAAGCAGAUCAAUAGCAAUAUAGCACAAUUGAUCAUUGCUGGUGAUUCUAUUGAACCAUUGCAACAAAUUGAUGAAGAAGAGGAUAUGAAAAACUACAUUACUACAAACAACUAUGGAUCGAAAAACAUUUCCAAAUACAACAAUGAGUCAUUGAAGCAGCUAGACCAGUUCAUUAAUGACUUGAUUGUGACGAUGCCAAUUUCUGUGAUGCCAGGGGACCACGAUCCAGCAGAGAUUUGUAUUCCUCAGCAACCAUUACAUAAAUCCUUAUUCAAAACCAAUCGUGCAAUAUUAGAAAGUGAUAGGUUGAGUCGAUUAACAAACCCAACGUGGCUCGAACUUGAUAAAGUAAGAAUGUUGGGCACUAGUGGUCAAAAUGUCAAUGAUGUCAAGAAAUAUGUGACACGAGAAGCAGAUUCUGAUUCAUUAAAGGUUAUGAAAUCAAGUAUGAAGUGGCAAAAUUUUGUCCCCACAGCUCCAGAUACAUUGUAUUGUUAUCCAUUUGACAAUUCCGACCCGUUCAUUUUUGAAUCAGAAUUACCUCAUGUGUAUUUUGUUGGGAAUCAAGACAAGUUUGAAACUGACGUAUACAAAUGUCCUGAUUCUGGUGCUCAAGUGAGAUUGAUUAGUAUACCGCAGUUUAAAGCUACCGGUGAAUUUGUUAUACUUGAUUUGAAUACAUUAGAGGUAGAGUUAGUAAGGAUAGAGGCAUGA